GUGCAGUAUGCAGAAAUUCCCCACAUUUGUUCACUUUAACAAAACGACUCCAAGAAUAUAACUUUGAGUGCCUAGUUAUAAUGCGAUUAGAAGCCAAAAGGAACCAUUAAAUUUUGUCUGCUUUUGUGGGCUGUUGGGUUUGCAUCUGAAAGUAUUAGAUUAGCAUCAGCAGGAUGAAGUUGAAGUGUUCAUGGAAGCCAGCAUUUCCAUGGUUUGGAAUGGACAUCGGUGGUACUUUAGUAAAGCUUGUAUACUUUGAGCCGAAAGACAUCACUGCAGAGGAGGAGCAGGAGGAGGUGGAGAAUCUGAAGAGCAUACGCAGGUACCUCACGUCCAACACAGCCUAUGGUAAAACUGGCAUCCGCGACGUGCACCUGGAGCUGCGCAACCUGACCAUCUGCGGUCGCACAGGGAACCUGCACUUCAUCCGCUUUCCCACCGCCGCCAUGCACAGAUUCAUCCAGAUGGGCAGAGAUAAGCACUUCUCUAGCUUGCACACCACACUCUGUGCCACCGGCGGCGGAGCUUACAAGUUUGAGAAUGACUUCAGGACGAUGGCAGAUUUGGAACUCCUGAAGUUGGAUGAGCUGGACUGUCUGAUCCAGGGCCUGCUGUACAUUGACUCUGUGGGUUUUAAUGGUCAUCCUGAAUGCUACUACUUUGAAAACCCAUCUGAUACACAGAACUGCAUCAAGAGACCCUGCCGCCUUGACAACCUUUUCCCCAUGUUGCUGGUCAACAUUGGCUCAGGCGUCAGCAUUCUGGCUGUGAACUCCAAGGACAACUACAAGCGUGUGACAGGCACCAGUCUUGGCGGUGGGACUUUUUUGGGUCUCUGUUGCUUGUUGACGGGUUGUGAGACGUUUGAAGAGGCACUUGAGAUGGCCAGUAAAGGGGACAGCACUAAUGUGGAUAAACUGGUGAAGGACAUCUAUGGUGGCGACUACCAGCGCUUCGGCCUACAGGGCUCUGCAGUGGCUUCAAGUUUUGGUCACAUGAUGAGCAAAGAGAAAAGGGACAGCAUUUCUAAAGAGGAUUUAGCCCGAGCGACACUGGUCACCAUCACUAACAACAUCGGCUCCAUCGCACGCAUGUGUGCAGUCAAUGAGAAAAUUGAACGGGUUGUUUUUGUUGGGAAUUUUCUACGAAUAAACACAGUGUCAACAAAGCUCCUUGCCUAUGCUAUGGACUUCUGGUCCAAGGGCCAGCUGAGGGCCCUCUUCCUUGAACAUGAGGGGUACUUCGGAGCGGUUGGUGCUUUUCUAGAGCUGCUGAAGUCGUCUGAAGAUGCAUAAAAGAAAGUUCUUAUCGCCUCUGAUUAUCCAGAAGCUGCUUUACGACUUCCACACAGAAGCUCCAACAGGAAAACUGGGAACACUGGGAAAUCUGAAAGAUGCCAUUUAUAGUUAUUAACCUGUAAAUAUCCCUUGAAAAUAAGAUUUUAAACAAUAUUUUUAUGAGUAACUUAGUCUCCCUCAGAGUUUUGAGCCUUGUUGUACACACGUUUUCCAGUUGUUCUUUUUCUUUUGUACUGUUUGUAAAUAUAAGUGUGUAAUGAACAGGGAGAGUUUACGGAUGGCCAAAUACUGCUGUGUUUAAGUUUUGCUAUCGCUGACCUACUACCAUGUGAGAGAAUAUUCAACCUUCCUGUUUGUUGUCUCUGAACCUGUUCAGUGUAAUGGUUCUUUUGGAGUCUUUUUUGUGUUCAGCUGCUGUCCAGAAUCCAAAUCAUAUCAAACAAUACUCUAGAUCAGAUAUUAUCCUAGGUGCUGUGUUAGAUGUGUCCUUAGCUAUUUUAGUCAGGAAUCCUGUAAGUUAGGAAAAAUGCUAGUCUCUAUUUCCAGUUGCCUCUAAUUUUACUUUUCAUCUUCAUUACUGUUAAAGGAAUAAUUACUUUUGAAAACAGGCUCAUAGAUGGAAAAUAAAAAGUUUACAUUUUUUAGGAUGAUACAUCUAAGAAGUGUACUUGUAUCAACGUAAUGAUCAAGGUACUUCGCUGCAGUACCAUGGCUGCAGCAGGUACUAUUAUAUUACCCAUCGUUGCCCCUGCUGCAGCCAUGAUAUGACAGCAAAGUUUCUUGAUUUUUAUGCAAGAAUAAGAGUAUAGUUUCUAGAUGUAUGAGCCUAGAAAAGGGCAAUUUCCGGUCCAGGUUAAAAGUAAGCUU